GACUGUGUGGCCGAGCCAGAAGAAGACUCCCUCCCACACCGAGACGAGAAGGAGCAACUGGAAGCAGGAUCAGUUCAAACCACUUCGAGUCACUCGAGCGAACUGACUGUGUAUUUUGCGCCUAUUCGAAUCGCUCUCUCUUACUCUCGGCACACGUUUUUUCUCUCGCGCGGAGAAGAGAAAAAAAAAAAGAUUUUCUAAACAAACCAAAGGUGUUUUUGUGUGAUGUUGACAAAGUUCGGUGAUGAAGUUCAGUUACUGAAAGAAAGUGAAUUUUUUUAUUAAAAGUGGGAAGUUUUGUUACAUUGGAUUAAAAAUAUAUUAUUAUCAAAUGAAAACAGUGUUGAGUGCAAAUAUGUUCUUCUAGAUGGAACGAGAAUUGUGGAAAAAGGUACCGAGUACAUCGAGUACCUAACCGCAAGGAACUUAUUGUGAUUAUGUGUACGACGGAAAUGACGGAAACGUUCACAAUGUCACCGUCGACAGCUUCUUCCAGUGGCACAACCACUGGGUGUCUAGGAUCGCCGAGUAAUCAUCAUCAUCAUAGGACAACCUCGAGAAAUUCACCAAAUCGACCCGAAGUGCAUGAUGACGAUGACGAGAUAUCGGUGGGUUGUCCGAGUCCUCUGCCACUUGUGGUGGUGACGCCUAAUGAUGACGAGGAGAGACUGAGUUCCUCGCGAGAGGAAUAUAGCGAGAGACUGAGUCCAAGGAGUUAUCAGGAUACAAUCGACGAUGACGACAGGUACUCCAGGGACGAUGAUCAUUACAGAAUUCGCGAUAGAAGAAUUUCCGGUUCGCGAAUUAUGGGUAGUGAUGUGACAUCAUUGAGGGACAUUGAUGAAGAGACUGAGGAGGAUGGUAGAAAGAGGAAUGGUAAUGGUACCACGGGCGGUGGUGAAGAUUAUUUUAAGCCUCUAAAACGACUGAAAAUGGUGCCGAUUCAACAGUCGGACGAGGAGGACGAGCGUGAGAGGGAAACGAAUGAACGUGGAGUCAAGUCUUUCAGUAUUCUCGACAUUUUGUCUCAUAGACCAAAGGCUAAAAUUGUGAGACCCUGGGAUACGGCGGAGUCGAAUUUAAAUCAUCAUCGACAUUCGCAUCAUCAUCAUAAUCAUCAUCACAAUCAUCAUCAUCAUGCGCCACACACGGGACCUAGAGAUCUUUCCUUAAUGGGAAUGUCAUUGGCCUCUAUUUCCGGAUCCAUUAGCGAACCACCACUAAGUAGUUCGUCUUCAUCCGGUAGGAGUUCUGUUUCCGAUUCGGGAAGUCCUGAUCCUUUGGUGCAUCAUCAUCAUCAUCACAGUAUUCAUCAUGGCUUACAUCCCGGUUUACAUCAUCCGGCGAUGCAGCAGCAAUUUAAACGGAAAGCAUCCCAGCAACACAAUUCGCAAAGUGGACAGAAUGGAAAACGACAACCCGGACAGGGAAGUCCUCUUGAUGCUCUCUUCCAAAUGACGAGCAAAACUUUCGACGCUGGCGAGCACAGUCAAGAGCAAGCCAAUCAUUUGAACCUCUUCAACAAUCGACAGCAACCGAAGAAGAAGCGAAAGAGUCGAACGGCAUUCACGAAUCAACAAAUUUUUGAAUUAGAAAAGAGAUUUUUGUAUCAGAAAUAUUUGAGUCCAGCUGACAGAGACGAAAUUGCCGCGCAAUUGGGACUAAGUAAUGCUCAGGUGAUCACGUGGUUUCAAAAUCGACGAGCGAAAUUGAAAAGGGACAUGGAGGAACUGAAGAAAGAUGUGCAGACUGUGAAUCCUCUUAUUGUGGCUCAACACCACAAGACUUUUCUUGAAAAUGUUCAGGAUCUCGGGAUAUUGAAGAAGAGGCCACUACCAAAUUCGAUGGAAGAAAAACUAUAGAGCAUUUGUUUUUCCUAUCACUAUUCAAAACGAAAAAAUAAGAAAUAAAAAUUAAAAAAAAGGAAAAAAAAAUAAAUUGAAUACCAAAUUUGUGACCGAAAAAGAAAGCGCGAUGAUUUCUUUCAAUAUUUGCAAAAUUAUUUCAAGAAGCUUUGUAUAUUGGGAAAGAAAUAAUAUAUUCUUCCCUGUGACCAAAAAAUAUUUCCUUUUCGAAGAAAUCUUUUAACAAAUCUUCCCAUUUUCGAAGAUAUUUUUGUUUUGCUUCCCUCAGUAUUUCUUUUUCAAAAAAUCUCCCAACGAAUCUUACUUUUUUUGAACAUGUUUUUUUUGCUUCUCCGUGACGAAAAAAAUAUUUCUUUCUCAAAAAUUUCUUUGAAAAAUCUCCCCAUUUGUCGAAAAUAAUUUUAUUUUGCGAAUUCUUAAUCGAUAGGAACGGAAAAUAAAUUUUUAAAGAAAAAAUAAAACAAAUAAAUAGUUAAAUAAGAAUAAAAAAAUAGAAGAAGAAUAAAUUUUUCGAUAUUAAUUUUUUCAAACAGAAAAUUUUACUAAAAUUCAAAACAAAAAAUUGUAUUUUAAUCAAAUAUUUCUAAUCGACAUUAAAAAUCUUCGGAAAAAAAGAAUUGUUAUUAAUCGAUUUAGGUAAAAAUAUCUCGUAUAAAAGUUUAUGUAUAUCUUAUUGUCUGUAAAUUUGUAAGAUCUCAGUGAAUUAUUAUAAAUGUAAAGAUUUUUAUAUUGUGCGACUGUCUCACAACGAAUUUGUGGGAAUAAUCAAAUAAACACUGAAAUUACAUGUUAUUCUUAAUUUAACAGUUUGAAUUUGAAUUUGAAUCCCUCCACUUUAAAAAUAUUUCAAUUUAAUAAUUUAUAAUAAAUAAUAAUUAUUUAAUGAAUAUAAUAAUAAAUAAUUGAAAA